GCUGACUUAUUACCAUGUGCCUCUCCAGCCGGAUCACGUCGUAGUGUAGGCACUUUACAGAUGGUUGAGACUUUUGGGGAACUUGAAACCUUCGAUAGCGGGACGUUCUCAUUCGAGAUCGAUAGAGCCACUGGCAUCACCGUUGUAUGGGACGUGACCGACGCUAUCUUUUUAGUGUACCCUAACAAGAUCGCCAUGCCUACCGGACGAAGGCAACGACAAGUCCCGUCUGCAUUUGCGGCGAAGGGCUUUCCAAACUGCUUCGGGGCCAUAGAUAACACGCAUGUCUUUGUGGACAAGCCCGAGAACGCACCGUCGGAGGAGUACUGUAAUCGGAAGUCGUCGUAUUCCGUGGUCGCACCAGUGGUCGUUGACCUGGAGCAGAGGGUGUUUGAUGUCUUCAUUGGUUAUCCCGACAGUGUGCACGACGCCAGGGUGUUGUGGAACUUGUCAUUAUUCAAGCGGGCGGGAGCUGGAACUUUAUUCGACGUCGAGCCGAUCGUUCUUCCAGGAGGCGUGAGCACAAAGGGCUACCUUCUGGGUGACAAAAGGUACGAUCCAAAGAUAUGGAUGGUUGUCCCUUACGGAGGAGUGGAGCAACAAUCGGACGUUGCCAUCUUCGAUGGGAAUCAGAAUGCACCGAGGGGAGUGGUAGAGAGGGCAUUUGGCAGGCUAAAGGGAAUGUGGAGGUUAUUCCUUCACCACCACAAAACGAAUAUGGAAAACAUGCCACAACAGUUUCACAGUGUCUGCAUCCUCCAUAACUUGCUUGUUGAGAUGGGGAUCGACUUCAACGAGAGGGUUCUUCUGGAGCGGGAUGCGGACGGUAACAAGCAGAUGGUGAACCUGGGAAUGUAUCCACCGGCGGCACUUGUGCGUCAAAGACAAGCGGACCCUGCAGCUCUCGCCCUCAGGGAUGCGCUUCGCGCACGUAUGGCUAUUAUACCCAGUUGAGAGAGAGAGAGAGAUAGAGAGAACCGUUGGGAGAGCGAGAGAAUUGUUGGGGGAGAGAGAGAACCGUUGGGAGAGGGGGAGAAAAAGAGAGAGACAGAGAGAGAGAGAGAGUAAGAAGCGAGAGAGAGACAAUUAAUCCUUCCUGCAUCUGGGAAGAAAUCAAUGUUGCAUUCUCCU